AUGCCACGUCCACCUACAAAGCGCAAUCGUCUCACAUCGCGACAUGUCCAGGCUUCGCCAAAGGUAUCGCAGAAAACCAAAGAUCCUGAAACCAAGGCUACUGCCAACAAUUCAAGUCCUCUACACGGAACUGAGAAUGACAAGGGGCUGGAGGCACAGCCGGCACCUAGUGUCGACGAUAUCAAAUUCGCAAGACAAUUGAGGGGUCAGACACCCAUGAACAAUAAGCAAGAACAAGCAAUUGCGUCCUCGCCUAUGGGAGAACGUGGAGCUACGGGCAGCCGGCCACCCACGAGAGCUCGAGGCUAUUCCUCUACGCUAUCAGUUGGCAGACGAGGGGCUGAUAUGAGCUCCAAAAUACCUGGCACUCCAGUAUUCGAGAGUUCGAUAUUGAGCAAUUUUAGGAGACGACCUCGGCAAGCAAGCAUUCUCCAGAUGAUGCAAGCAGAUGACGGAUCUUCGGAUUUCGGAGACCUUGACGACGAUGAUUUUCUUGGUGGACUGAGCCCAGAGGAUGAGUCGACUCCUCUUAAUGUUUCCAGAGGAAAAUCCCUCGUUAUUAGACAUCCCUCUUCCUCGCCUCUUUCAGACUGUUCGCACCCGUCCAAUGGAGGAUCGCGAAAGCGCAAGCGCACCGGGGAGGAGCUUCAAGUUCCCCAGUCACCUUUGGCUGUUGUGGAAUACUCACCUGCUGGCUCAAUAAGCCCGGAGCGUGGAGAUGAAGAGCACGGCGUCCCUCGCGAGAUUUUACAUCACUUGGCAGACGAGGAAGGGCUGGAUCGGACGGUGGCACCACCAUUGAGCAGCAGCUCAAUGUCAAGUCCCCAGAGUAGCCACUUAACGGUGAUAGCCGCUAAAUCACCCACAGACUCACUAAAGCAUACGAAGGACCAUAACACAGGAGAAUUCAGUGGAAAGCUCACUGUGUCCACAGCAAGUCUUCAAGACAGAUUGCUUCCUCGACGUCAUAAAAAUCACAGACGCAAUGGGGUACCCGGUGAUCUAAUUCUAGACGGUGAAAGCGAAGUCGACUAUUCUGUCGAUCAGGAUGAAGAUGAGUUGUCAUACUUGCCCACUAGGAAGCCAGCGCAACCACGACGGCGAAAGAACAAACCAAAGCCAUUGGAGGUUGUUCGAGCAAAGCACAGGAAGCAAGGUGCAACUAAAGCUCUGAGCGGUGAACUCAUCAGUCAAACUGAGUCAGCUGGAAUGAAGGAUACGAGGCAGAAGAGAGUUAAUGGUCCACGAAGCAACCAGACUGCUGAUGCCGACAAGGAGAACCAAGCAAUCGAGGUGUCCUCACCUCUGUCCUCACCGCUCGACACGGAUGCAUUCGAUCUAGAAUCAUCGCCGGUGCCAAUACCAGCUAAGAAUUACCUGAGCGAGGAACUCAGAUUGCAAGCCAAGAAAUUCGAAGAGAUUGACAGAUGGGAGAUGGAUUUUGAGGAUGUGGUAACAACAGGCAGUCAAACCAGCCCAUGCAGAUGA